GACCAGAUACAUAUACAUUGCUGUUUUUCUUUAUUCGAAUCUGCAGAGAUCACUGAUCAAUAUAUAAUAGUAUUGAUGAUGGCCGCUCAUCCUGAGGAGAGCUGUGGGAAGAGAAUGGCAGUGGUGGUCGGAUGCAACUAUCCUAAAACCCAGUUUCAGCUUCAUGGCUGCAUUAACGACGCGCUCUCCAUGGCAGAUUUGCUGGUCAAGCGAAUGGGAUUCGACCCACUAAACAUCGAGCUGCUCAUAGACGAUCACGGCCAUGAUCAUGCAUUAAUGGGGAUGCCCACUGGAGAAAACGUGAAAAAGGCGCUGGGUCGGAUGAUUGAUUGCGCUCAGUCUGGGGAUGUUCUCUUCUUCCACUUCAGUGGCCAUGGCACACGCACAAAGUCUCACCAUUUCAGGGAAGGAGAGGCAAUUGUACCUUGCAGGUUUAAUAUUAAUGUGGAUUUCAAGCUACUUGUGAAUCGACUACCAAAGGGUGCAACGUUCACAAUCUUGUCAGAUUCAUGCCAUAGUGGGGGUCUCAUUGAUCAGGAGAAAGAACAAAUCGGCCCUUCUUCUUCUUCUUCUUGCUUAACCCAAAAUAAGCCCAAGUUUAUCCCAUAUGAAGCCAUCGUUCAACACCUCUCUGGGUUCGGAGACAAAGAUGGCGCUGAGUUCAAUUUCAAAUCGGCGGUGGCGGUGGGAACUAAUUGGAACGGGGAUGGAGGGAUUUUACUUAGUGGUUGUGAGGCGAAGGAAAGCUCAAUGGACAUUCCGGGUAACGGUGCUAAUGGGUCGAGGCCACAUGGUGCCUUCACCGACGCGGUGGUGCGGGAAUUGUCGGCGGCGGGUGUGCCGAUCAUGAUCAGCAACAGGGAGCUUGUGAUGAGGGUCAGGGACCUUUUGAAGAAAGAGAAAAUUAUUCAGCAGCAUCCUUGUCUUUAUUCAACUGAUCAAAAUGCUCGAUCCAUAUUUCUUGGCCUACCUACUUAACAAUAUUUCAAUGUGUGAUAUUUUUUACUAUUUAAAAUACAUAUAUUAUAUUAUUUCAAACAUAAUAAAAAUGAUCUUA